AUGAAGCAAAUUAGUGUCUUUGGUUGUGGUGCCAUGGGCACCAACAUCGCCAAUUUGCUGGCUGAAAACGUGACGAGACUGGAUGAUUAUAAGAAUAAGGUAAAUUUUCGGACUACUUGUCAGGAAGAUCUAGAUUUUGUGGUUUGUUCGUGACGAAGAGUGUUUUGGCGAACGACUGAUUGACGUAAUUAAUGGAAAUCGGGAAAAUCCGAAGUAUGCUCCGAAUGUGCGCUUAAAGGACAACAUUGAGGCGAAAGGGGAUCCUGUCGCCGUUGCAAGUGCAUCCGACGUGAUUUUCUUCGUCUAUGCCACUCGUCAUGUCAAUGAAAUACUACGGGAAAUAUCAGGUCACUUAAAGCCGAAUGUGCUGUUUAUAUCGCUAUCUAAGGCAAGUCUGAUGAUUGCGGUUUUUAAUUUUAUUUUUGGACUUGGAUCCUGGGUUUUCCCUAGAUUUGUUGGAUGUUAUACUGAACAUUUAUCAAGGCGCACCGUUCUCCGGCAUAAGCUCAUAUUCCUAGAACUCCUUGUCUCCUUGAUCGUUUGGUCAUCUUUAAAGUAAUUACCUCCUCAAACCGAGCAGAACCGAUGUUUCUUAUCCACCACAAUCAGUAACUGUCCCCACCCGUCUUUGGUCUAACCUUUUUGGAUUUGUUAUGACUUAACUAAGUGCCUACUAACUAGACAUGCCAAAAGUGGACUUAGUACUUCACAAGUUAUUUCCCCAAGCCAGCACCCAACGAAUGCACUGCUUCUGCAUCUGUUCCACAACGUAAGUCCAAAGUAUACGAAGUAGUACCACAUUUUAGCAGGGCGGGUUUAUCACAAGCCCCGCGUCAUUGGCCUGAAAAUCCACUGUGUUUCUGUGUCGGUCAGGUAGUGAGACUGAACCCUGAGCUCCUUUCCUCUUUGUUACUUUGCGAAAUAUUCUUAAAGGGAAAAACAACACUUUUACGCCUGGAUUCCAUUUACACCACUAGUUGCUGUGGAUCGCCAGCCAUUCGGGAAAUAUUGCUUCAAGAAUAGGUGAAAAACCCAUCUGUUUAACGGCGUCAUAUCCUGUUUCAUUUCUUCUUCUGCGUUGCACAGACUUAUGUUUUCAUUUUCCUAGGGCCAAGCCAAUUGUAUUUCUCGAUGACUGUGUUGAGCAAUUAUUUAAGGGUUGACUAUCAGAAUCGCCGCAAUGCCACUUGUAAUUUUCAGUGGGCAUGAUUGCUUCACUGCCACUAACAGCAUCACUCAUAUAUUUUCGUCAUUUUGUCAGGUCUUUUUCUUCAUGCUGGGUUCUCAUUCUGAAUCUUAGCGCCUUCAAGCCAGAAUCAUAGUCUUUUUUGCUAAUGUCAAUGAACCACCCUACUAGUUAAUACUUUUCGCCCCCUUUUCGUUCUUUUCCUCUAGGGUCUUUUGGUGACCGAACCAACCGAAACUGUCCCCGACCAGGUAAUACGACUGGUUAGUGAGGAGAUCCUUCGGGUGACGAAAAGUCCGUGCGUUGUCGUUAGUGGUGGUGUUAACGCUAAAGGUCUCGCAAAUGGUGACUUUGCGGAAGCCACGAUCGGUUGCCCGAAUCCAGAGCGAGCACAGGAAGCAAAACUACUGCUACAGGUUUAUUACAUUUUAAGAAUUUAUUAUUCUGCAACUGUUUUGCCUCAUUCGUUUUCCGCUUCACUUCCUCCUCCUACUCUUAAUCUCCCCCGUUCUUGCCCUCAUUCAUCUCAUUUUCCUCUUCCCGAUCUUCGCAUUCUUGUCUCUUUGGGCGCUAACGGUCGGGUUGAGAGAUGCACUUUGAGCACCACAUUCAUCAGGUCAUGCCACCAGCAGCAGGAGAUUUAUUCCAUACAGAGCCCUGAGCUGCUGUCUCAGUAGUGGUCGCUGGCGUCAGUGUUACUUCACGUCCGGGAGGGAGAGACCAUAAUGUCGGUUGCUUUUGUAGGUUUGUGGGAAGGAGUUCAGGGGUCCUGUGUCCUAGUUGUCUGCUGCAUUGCGUGAGACAAGGACAACUGUAUUUGCCUUGAUGCGCUUGAACGCGCGUGCUGUAGUCAGCCACAGUGCAUGGUCCGUGCGUCUGGGGACACUUAUAGGGAGGAAAGAUGGCCCUGACGCGACAGCGCGUUGGACAAGGACGGCCGGCGGAGCAAUUAUGGUGGUCAGCUUUAUGGCCUAAUAACUUUCCACGGUGCAGAUGAGCAAUAUCCUUGUUAGCGACCAUCCGUAACUUUGAAUUUGAUCUCAUGCCAAAUGUUCCAUUCAUCCUAUGUCCUCUACUGCUAUUGCUUCGUGACUUUAUUCCAUACCAGUGGAACGGUGUGUGGCUAAGUUGCAGGAUGAACUACUACCGGCUGAUAGUACAUGUACCCAUGGCUCAAGCAGUAGCAUACUUGAUUCGGAGGCUCGGUGGCCAAUUAACCGUGGCCUAAUUUUCUGAUCUUCCGUCCUGUGGUUGGAGUAUAGCCGGUUUGUGACGAUAGACAGGUCACUAACGUCCAUUCAGGUCUCCCCAGUCGUUGCCGGCACCACUUAUAAAUGAUUCAGUUCAGAUCGAUAGGGCACGGUUAUAAGUGUCCCCUGUAUUUCAGGCAGCCCUGCACUAAAUCCCAGGGGGUUAAGGCUAUGAGGUAUAGUGCUAGGGUUAGGAGGGUUAGCGUUAGAGUUAGGGUUGAAGUUAGGGCACGAGAGCAGGGGGCCUCUGGAAUUUGGCGCAAGACCACCUGCAGUGCGGGGCACUUUUACCCAUGCUCAACCUUUUUGCAUAGUCGGUGGCCAGUGCAUAGAUGAGUCUCGAGCACCUGCAUUAAAAAUUGGCUAAAGACUUUAAUUUGUGUAAAAUAGGAAUUGACUGCCGACUUGCCAUUCAUUUGGUUGAUCUUGAUUUCAUUUGACCCACCUACGAAAAGCUCGGCAGCCUCGGUGGGAUUCGAACUCAGGACAGUAAGGGGAAGGCUUGAGUACCACAAACGCUUAAGGCUCCACUGAAAUCCGUGGAUUUAAUCACAGUUGAGUCUAGUUGCCCGUCCAGCCCACUGCAACGAAUGGAAUCCCCCAAAUCCGAUACAGUAUGCCGACUUCCCAAGCGGGAUUUCCUAGUCAAGACAAUCAAUGUAAAAUCCACCGGGACGACUACCAGGCUUAAUUAAUCAAUAAACUAAGUGCUAUUUUUGGCAAAUCUGAGUAAUUCAUCUGAUCGGCGUUGGCUGUACUCCGGCCUUGCCCUUGCUGUCGUGGGUCCGAAUCCCACUGAGGCCGUCGAGUUUUUCACAAUUUUGUCAAGUUACUUAUUCAAAUCUGCCAAAACAUCAAUUCAGAUUUUUCAAGUAAAGUAGACAACGCAUCUCAUGAUCACCUGGAAAGACCACAUGCCAAAGACUAGCUAUUUGGGCGGCAUGUAUUUUUCCAGUGCCUUUCAAUGCCUUUAUGAAACCAUUCACAUUUUAUAUCGAGCGCGCACAAGAACGCCCGUUCAUCUAUUUAUUAUUUAGUAAACCGCAUCUUCAGAUUUUCUACUCGAAGGAAGGUGUCAUCCAGUUUCCGAAUAACUUUGAACGCAACCUCUCGUUGCCUUCGUGUUUAGGCUCUUCCAACUACAGUUGUGCACUUUCCAUGCGCUUUCCAUGCGCUUUCCAUUUCCCUGUGCUCUCAAAAAGCUGACAUAUAACGCUCAUGGGAUUUUUCAAUUGAUACGGAACAUGUUCACCCCAAAUGAAGCACUAGUAAACGUGUAGGAAUGAUGUUACGUGAAUAAGCAGUUCACGGUCUCAAAAAAUGUCCCACACAAAAUGUCUAGACCAAAAGAUACCCUUCAUCCAAGUAGAGAGUUUUAAGAAGGCAUAAUAUACCAAAAGGAGCGUGAGAAUGCAUGUAUUGCGCAUUUUUUCUACAAAAGACUUUAAGUGGCAAAAACACAGAAAAACGAUUGAAGACAUUCAUAACUCCCUAAGAAGUCCCUUUUUUGCGAGUGGCCAGAAAAACGCGCAUUUACAAAAUCGACAUCUUGGCGUGACCGAAAUAUCUUGGGUUCUCUUGCAUGUUUAUCAAUAUCGCAAUCUCACCCAAGUAAUCCUUUCUUACCAAGAUCAUAUCUCAGAAUUUGAGUUUAUGUUUCGUGAGAUGUGUCGUCUAUUGUGCUUGAUCCAAAGUGACCUUAGAUGUGAAGUUAAUGUAUGCGGAGCAGAGCGAAGUCGCUGGAAACGCCCGGGCUUUAUUGCUGCCAUAGUCCUUAUUAACGUUGAUUUUUGGCCGGAUUUUUCAUAACCUCGAGCAGGCAGGAUGAAGCACUGGGACAUCCUGGUCGCUACUAUAAUCAGCACCUGGGUGCGGGGGAAAACUUCUUGACCAAAAUGGAGGACCUGCAAAAUCUCAAGCGUCAACAGCCAAAGUCUGGAAUCUGAACCACAGCCAGCAGUACUGACGCGAGCCAUAACGCCCGUCACUGACUUACGGGUACACUCUCUGUUAUCUGCUGUUGAGACUGUUAACAUGGCGUGGGGAUGGUCUCCGGCCUGCUGUAGAGCACAAUGCGCCCGCCCCCAGUUCGUGUUAGAGUCCAAGUCCGGCUCCUGUACGCGGUUGUAUAGCAAAGAUAAAUCAGUGAACGAAAGAAGAACAAAUGUUCCAUGUCCUUCUAGUAGAGGUGGACUGUUUGUUGGACAAUGACUGUUUGGAACUCUGGCGUAGUUCUAUCAGUCUCCCUUAUGUUUUCUUGUGCAUACUCUCACUUACUGGCUGCCUUUCACAGACAAGUGCUAGUUAAAAACAUCCUUUUCCGCUUUCUUGUAUGUCUGCGCUCACAUAAUGGCCUCAGAAUCAGAAUCUGUUUCUCACUUGCACACCUGACGUUACCACAGUGGAGAUCUGCGGUGCACUGAAGAACAUUCUCGUACUGGCUGCGGGGAUUGUCGACGGACUUCGUUUGGGCACCAACACCAAGUCUGCCGUCAUUCGCCUGGGACUUUACGAGAUUGGCCAGUUCUGCCAGUACAUGUACGCCAAGUACGGUAGGUCAGCGAGCCUAACACUCAGUCGAAAUUUGCGUGUCUUUAGUCGCAUUCUCUGUCUAGUUGACGCCUUUGUCUGGUUACCUAAUCUGUCAUACUUUUCAUCCGUAUUGCAAUCAGUUUAACAUUUAUUGUUUUGCAGAGCCUUUUAUGUUUUCCCUAUUAUAUACGCAGCACUUUCCCCCAAACUUUUAAGCCAUCUUUCUUGUUGGUUUCCGUCUGAUCUAGCGUUUUGACACGAUCGCUAAACGUGGUUUUGUGCAGAUACUUUACGCUUACUGGGUGGAUUCUGUUUGCAUUUAAGAGUUCAUGUCCCUAUGGCGCCCUUCAGCACACCAUUUUUCGAGGUCCGUAUUACUGGUAGAAAGAGUCAUUUUUAGGUGUCCUACGCACACUUAUAAUUUUUUUUGUCACGGCUUCUUAAGAACGGUGGCUUUAUAUACCGUUGGGAAAGUUUAGUUCAGACAAAUUCGGUGGAAACACUCGACACGGCAUCUGACCUUUCUCAGCCGUCUUCCACUUGACGUCUUUCUGCAUGACAUUGGACGUUUUAGCCUCUCAUAGACGGCCAACUGUGAUAAUGUUAACUAUAUUCGUUUGUUACUUCGGUUCUUAUAAUAUAAGUCUGCAUUCCACUGUUUUCUCAUCUAUGAUUUCAACUUCAAAGUGUUUUAAACAUUAACCUCAUAAAAUGACACAUCCAUCAUUUUUUCCGUCCACGGAGUUCCUUUGAAAUUAACUUUACGGUGGAGCCGGAGGAUGCUCUGGCGGCGUUGCCGGAAAAAUACUGGAAACCUAGUUGCUAAUUUAAAUUUGCGAAGCAAAAUUCCUGAAAUACCGUCUCUUUCAUCUAGCGUUGGUCAAUCUCUAAGUGUUGAAGCAACAGUAAGUUGCGUCAUAGAAGUACCCAUCGUUAGGGCCUCUAUUUGUUUGUCUUAACCGGCUCACACUUUGUAGCAUUUCGGAGUUUUAUAGGGUGACCGACCGGUAGCCAGAACAUCCUAUGGGCUACUUUGCGAUUACUCGGUAAAAUCCCCGCCCACUUGGAAGACUGAGUGUACUUAUGAUCAGCGAUAAGCAUGAAAUGACCGUUGCCGCCUCCUUUGCUGAAAGAGCUAUCCAAUCUCUGUAGCACAAGACUUUACCUCAUGAAUUCAGGCGAUCAGACCCGUGGACUUUCAGCUGCAUGUAUACUCCGCACUGAAGAUCUAGGUGAUCUGCAAUAUUUCAGACUUUGAUGAAUGAACAGCGCCUGGUCAGCGACUAAACUUUCAUGUUAGGGCCCAUUUGUCCAACUAAAAAAUGUGAACCUUGACGGUAGAAUCAUCUUAUUUGCGUUCUUUUAGUGCUGGAAAGGUCUAAGAACGUAAGGGGUACUGUCUGUAACUGUUGUAGAUGUUGCGAACACACAUAAUAAUCGUACGUGCUCAUUUUUACGAACUAUACCUUAUAUGAAGUUCGGAAAGUUCUUCGAUAUUGCCCGGCUAUCAACUGAUAGGACCCUCGCUCAGUGUGAGCGUGGCUCCUGCCGAAAAUCUCGGCUGAUUCCUAGUGUCCAUGGGCAUCCGUACAUCAGCAUUGAACAUUUUCUAUCCGGAGGCACCCUGCCUGUUACGUGCAAUUUUAAUUUGCCUUCUCUGUAAUAACUAAAGAAGUAGUUUCUUCCCAGUCGACCGAAGUUUCUUAAGCUAACUGUUUUGAGUAACACGAAGUCCCUCUCAGGCUGCCCACUUUUGGUUUUAAUGCAGCAUCCUUAAGGAUCAGCUAGCUCUUUUUAUCCUGUGCCUCUAGUUCAGGCGGGCUUUGUUACACUUCUACGCCGAAGUACUUGUUGGAAACGCAUUCUGACAGCUUUUCAUAUAUCGUCCCUGAGCCGAAACAUCUUGUGACUGGAGUCGCAGUCGACCGCCUCCUAAACAAAGUUAUGUUUGCCAAGGUUGCUUGACUCAAAUGCUAAGUAGUGCCAGGGUAAUGCGCCAUCCAGCACUGACAGCGCGUGCAAAAAGAUUAGUCGAAUUAAGUUUCACGUAUAAAAGUUUUCAUGGAGAUAUCUUUUAACUGCUCACUCCCCUUUUCAUUGUCCUGUAGACACAUCCUACACCACUCUCCUUCAGAGCUGCGGGAUAUCAGAACUCUUCCUCUGUACGUCCCCCCCUAGAUUUCUCUUCAAUACUCGCUUCCGCCCUCGCAUUUCUAUCCUUAUAAACUGUAAAGUUUUGACGCUAACAACCAUUUAUAGUAAUUUAAUCCUAUCAUACAUCUGCCAUUGUUUUCUACUGGAUAUGCUACAUCAUAAAUCAUCUGAAUAUUUUGGGAUGGUUGUAACUUGUUGAAUACGCAUCCACUUACAGACCAAUUUGGGCUGAUAGGGGUUCAAACAAGUCUAAAAAAUGGCCAAGCCCAGUUGUUUGGUACAUUAUAUUACCUUUUUACCCAAGCGGUUCCAGUUUUAAAUACAUGCCGACAUACAUGACGACACUUAUUGGAAAAAUCAUUCCACAACUAGGCCGGUUGGAGAGAACCGACUGCCUGGUUAACAAAUAAACGGUCCCCGAAGCAGAUGCAGUCUUGAAAUGUUGACUGGGAAUGGUGAAAUGCCCAUUUGAUUAGAAGGGACUACUUAGGUGUGGUUGUAAUUCUGAUUAUCUUGCGUUAUAAUGCCGUGAUAUUUUACGCAUGCACUUUCCAGUCGUCUGCAACCGGUGCACUUGGCAAACAAGUGACAUCGUAACUAGUAAACCUUUUCUAUAUCGACUUUCGAUGCUCUUAUAAAUUCAAACACGUUUUGCAAUGGCCAUAUGCAUGAAAAUGUCCUUCCUUCUGCUCAUUUGGUAACAAAUCACGUCUCCUUUAAAUCGUAUACCCGAAGAAGAUGUAUUUUUCGAUUUAAAAAAAAAAGUUUCUAAUCGCGAGAUUUUUAAGGCUGUACAAUGUCCAUGCGAAUAACAUUGUAUCUCUCCGUUUAGCAAUGUUCCUCAUGGAACUUACGACAUGGUUCACAUCCGUUGCAAAUUUUUAUGAGCUCUGUACGGCAUCUAUGUAAUGCAAUGGGGGAAUUAAUGUUUUUCCAUACACUUAAAGUAUACAACUAGUAGACUGAGAAUCCUAAAGGCAAAGGUAGGUUAAGCUCAAAAUUACUCUGGUAUUGGAAAACGUCUUUAAAACCGAAAAAUACCCUUUUUCGAGUAUCAAAUUUAAAGGAGACAUGAUUUGCCACCAAGUGAGUGCAGAAGAAAAUAGUUUGUGCAUGUUUUGGCAACAUAUUUUGGAUUUACAGGGACAUCGAAAAUUGAUAUAGAAAAUGUUUACUGUUUAAGUAGUCAUUUUUACCGAGCGAAAUUAUUGAAGACGGCCGAAUAGAAGUACAUUUUAAAGCCAACACCAUGGCAUGCGUGAAAUAUCACGACCUUAUCCCGCAAACUUAGGAAAUCCUUCCCAAUCGAAUACGCAUUUUAUAAUUUACAGUCAUCAUUGCACGAGAUCAGUCACCGACAGUAUGUGCAAAAUCUGCUAGAAGAAUUACCCACCAACAACCAAAGGACUCUCCUAUUUGCCGUCGUCAGUUAAUUAUAUCGUUACCUCGAACCUGGAAAACCGAUGAGUUUAACUCGGGUCCAGUUGAUCAAUAGGCCGACUCAACGGUCUAUCAUUUGACGACCCACUUUCUGACAUUGUGGACUGGGAUUAGGAACAUUGACGCCCACGUGGAUGCAGUCUUCACUGAUUUGGUCUUUUCACAAGACAGAAUGUGAACAAUUCGUUACGCCUUUCUGCUAUGCGACCGGAUGCGAGGGCUCUAGAUCAGAUGUGCAGGACAAUGCGGAACUGUCGUAUUCAGCCCUGCAAGCAGAUCGGAUCGAUGGGCAGCACCCACAUAUCGCUCCUAACGUACAUUCUACCACUCACCGCAUUAACGACAACGCGGAGACUUGCAGCAUGAUUCAUGCAGACGCCAUGUUGGUUUCCUCGCGGUUGCUAAUUGGUACACGUUGGAAGAUUACACUUAUUUAGUCAUGGUUGCUUUUAUUUCGACACCGAACGAUAGGUGCCUUCAAGGGAAAAUUUAUGAGACCCGGACUGGGGCAAUUUUGUUAUGCUUAAGCUACGAGUCUAGGAGUCGGUCUAUCGAAAAGGCAGAUAGUUAACAUUCUUCUACCUUGGGGAUAGGCAUGACAACUCUCAGGCCAAAAAUGGACCUUGGUGUCUUAGAGCUGUGAGUACUAUGGCUGUGGUUGCGAGAUUUCACCUGGCUGACGGGUAUUUUGAAGGUCGAGACCGUAGAAGCCAGUCGAAAAUCUUCUCUACGAACUUGUUCGCAAGUUUUGAGUCUGUCCUAAUCAUUCCAAGUCAAGUGUGAGACCGAAGUGAACAGGCUACUUGUGAGCAAGUCGUGAUUAAGAAGCACUUAUCAGUCGCUUGAUCGAAGUAUCGAAACAUAAUUCUUUAUCACCCAAGAAACUUGAGGAUAACCGCUGUGCAUGAGGCUAGUCAGCAAUUACAAAAGGUAGAGAUCAAAAAUCGGACUGGGAUUGAACUGAGACUCAAAAAUUUGCCGAAAGCGAUGGAUUGAAGAUAGGAACGGUGGUCAGAUAUCCUCUGGACGUGUUUUAUAGGGAAUGCUUAUAGUUGACGCCUGCGGAGUGUAAAAAGCUUCUCCAGGCCGUCAGGGCAGGAAGAGUCUGGCAACUUUCCUGUGAUGUAAUUGGGUGCGUGCUUAAGUUGGAUACGUCAGCGUUAUUUCGAGCGAUAACGUGCAAAAGGAAUGCUAUCGGGCUUGCCUUACGUGGCCCCUUGUACACGCUUGUACGACUGGCCUUAGAAGACAAGAAUAAGGCGCCCCCUGCCAUUGUAUAUUUCCUAUCGAAACCGACAGGGCAACGGGCUCGUGGCCCAGUGGUUAGAGGCGUGGACUUCUAAACCAACAGGUCGCGAGUUCGAGCCUCGGGUGUUCCACACUUCGGGAUUGGGUAUGACUGACUGACGACGGCUAAUAAUCCAGAAAUGGCCACCUCAGUCUCCCUUGUCUUUGUCGGUAAUAACAUACUGCAUAAGGCGCCUUGUUAGAUCCACUAAUACAAAGCAUUCCGUUGCAGAGCGGAAAGAGGAUUGGGCAAAGGAAGGGUUUUUUUAAUCUGAGCUGUUUGACAACUGCAGGCAGCCGGAUGACUAACCAGGAACGAAGGUUUACAGCAAAGCUCCGGUCGCAAUCUAGGUCGCAAACUUUAUCAGCAGCCGCUGGUUAAUGCACAAAGGAAGUCGUAUGGGACCUCCGCACUGGGGAUUACGCACGCGCCUAGGCUUGAAGAAGCGUGUCCAAUUUAAAAUAAGCAGAGACACCUAUGAGCCCUAAGUUCCAGCUGUCUGCUGUCUCACCGGACCCAUGUACGGCAAUUAUUAAAGGCAAACGCAGUCUCAGUGGAGCCGGACUAAGAUGCCCCACUAACCACUGUGAUCUCCCGUUUGCCUAGCCUAAGAAUAUCACGGCCCAUUCACAUGACACCUGACCAGAAUCUGUUUCAUGAACGCACAUUUUCCACAUUUUCACCUUUUUUGCACGCCACUGCGGUCGUAAGUUCCCUUAUUCCAUUCUCGUUUAUUUGCAUUCCAUGCCUUCAGGCCUGCUUCAUAGGAGCGAUGUUAUGCCACAAGUGGGUGACGACUUUGACUUCUUCAAUCUCAUUAUCGGACGAAUGUUGGCGGAGCCGAAGUACGCAAAACUUUCGCUAGAGGAAAUCGAGAGAAGCCUGCAUCCCGACUGUGUUGCUUCUGGACCUGAUUGUGCGAGGAAGGUAAGUGCUGGGUCACAUGCCGUCACCUUCGACAUCGUCGAUCCACGAAGCAUUUUUCUGUCAUGUAUUCACAGUUCAGUUAAUUCCUGUUUGCUCCAGGGUUAUAUUCUCCCGACAGUGACAUGCUGGUUACCUAUAAAUUGUCUAUCAAAAGACUGGGUAAAACAUUCUCCGCUUUCUGCUGAGAUUUUCAGAUCUGGAUUGGAAGAACUAAAUAAUUGUUGUCUGUUGUUUCCUAGGGGUCAAUAAGCUCUUAAAGUUUGUUUUCUGGGUCCCAGCUCACUCCAAUGACCUAUAAAUUUGCAGGUAACAUUUUCCUCAGAAGCAGAUGGCGUGGCGGCGGUAUAGAGAAGGACCCCACUUAACUGUCUGUAGACUGUGGAUCGUGCCAUACGGAUUUAUGGUAAAGGGAGUUUUAUGGGUGGGGCAGCACGCUAGACAGUAAACUGACAAAAUGAAAUAAAGCACAAAAAUGGUUUGAAUUUGUGCCGAAAAUCUUAUACUGCGCAAUUGUACGACAAGAGAAAUGAGCGCAGUAAUUAAACAAUAAAAAAAAGUAGAUUUCACAAAAUAACGGAUUUUGAGUUAGGGUGUGAGGUCGUGGAAAGUAAUCGUUGUUGGGAGUGCAAUUUCUGCAACAGCCUGCAAAUGUAUGCCUAGAUAAAACCCCAUAUGACACGAUCCACAGUCUACUGACCGUUGCCAAUGGCGUUACUGCAGAAAUUUGGAGCUCUUAUGUAUGCGAACUUCAAGCCCUGCGACCUCUCGUAUGCUUCAGAUACAAAUGUACAGAUGGAGUCUUUUUAUAGACAAACGACGAUUUUUACUGUGUCGUAGCCCAUGUUAUUGUUAGCAACCGUGUUCUCACAGUCCAGACUAAGGUAUGCUUAAUGGGAUAAUCCUGGAAGUACGUGGACGAAAGCCCGCGUUCCCAACUAAAUCGGAAGUCUUCGUACAAAACACGUUUACGCAGAGUAAACUGACCCUGCGAAAAUCAACGCUCCCUGACUCCAGCAUUCGAUUCUGAUUGUCAACACGUCGGAUUGCCGGCCCGCCAUGUAUGCUGCCAAUGUUGUCAAUAUCGUUAAUGAAGAUGGACUCAUUUCUGUACAAAUUCGCUGGGCAAUCGCUGUAAAUUAUCUUCGCUUCCAUAAUACGGCCUUAGCGGUCAUUUGUCUUCUGCUAAAAGUAGUUUUCUAUCCCGAUCUCUCAGACUAUGCUUGACAUAAAUGAGCAGGACGAACUAGAAAACCAGGAGAUUAGCGUAAGCUCGUCAGUUCCAUGUCUUAUACGAAGCCAACCCGUAGAAACGGUGGCACGCGAAAUAAAUACGUCGUUGUUGGCAAUGGAAUACUCAGGUACAAUAUUACCUAUUGACUAGUAUAUGCCGAGAAUCCGAUAGACGACCAUGGCCUGAUUUAAUGACCUUUCCAAGGUAUAUAGAAAAGCACACCUCUCCGAUUUAUCUUGUCACUUAGGGACACUCAAAAUUACGAGCUGGUAAAGCGGGUGUUUUUACUUUUAAAAUUAUUGACUGCUGAUUCAAACCACAGCCAGUUCGUCAAAAGAAUUCAUGAAGAAACAUACGGACUAUGUUCUGGCACCCGGCCCUGGUGGGGAGGAAGGGGAGUGCAGUAGAUGCUACGCAAGUCCCUUCUCACUAUGAACUCAUUUAUUCGCAAGUCACCGUGCCUGAUUCACCUUUCUGUGGAGUACAUGGUAGACAUCGUCGGGCACGACGGUCGAACUGCCACAUUUCAAUCCUGACUCUUGGUAUCUGAGCCUAAAGUGCAGCUCCCUGCCACUAAGUCACGGGCUCGCUCUUCCGCCGUUUGCAGUCGGGAAUAUAAAUUAGUGUGGGAGGGUUGUUCGCCGAUCGGGUUGCGUUACGCAACUUUCCCGUACCAGUGUACUUUGAGUUCCUGUUUGGGGUACUCCUGGCCAGUCGAGCGGUGACGGCUUCGACAUAAGCGGGAGUUCUUGGUGUCUCAUUAGGACGCAGAGUCAAAGUAGGGCGCUGAGUUUGUCGCGUCAACCAUAGUUUGGUGCGGUAGAAAAUAGCUGACGCCGGUGUCUGCGAGAGUAGAGUACGAAAACGGAAGCCCCACACUCAGUCGUCCGUUUUCCUUUUCAGGUAUAUGCCCGCCUGGAGUCCAUGCACCUGACUGAACAAUACCCUCUCUUUACUGCAGUCCACCUUAUCUGCGCCCGACAGAUUCCAGCUGACAGUCUUCUUAAGAUGCUACAAAAUCAUCCUGCUCACCAGUGA